AUGGGUGCAUCUGCAAGUCUGGCUUCAACGGUGCUGGUGCUGUGCAGCUAUGCAGGAGCUGGGCUCGAAGGAGCGGCGUCCUCUCCUUCGAGCUCCAUCGUGGUGGCCCAGGUUUCCAGUACCUUUCUCGAGGUGACCAAUACACUCCUGGUCUCCUUCGGCCUCUCCGAGCUCUUCUUGCGGAGGAGGUGUCACUGGCGACAGAUGUGCUUGACGUUGGCGGCGAUCGUCAUCCUCAACGUCAUCCUGUCGCCACGAGUGCAGCGCAUGCUCAGCUUUGGGAGUCUGACGUGGUCUCCAUUUGGCCCAGCCGAUGGACCGCCGGGCGUGGCACCCAUGCUGGGCGUUCUUCGUGUGGCAGUGGUGCUGAGCGGUUUCUCGGCUCUGACCUACGCAGACCUGCGACGCUUCCGACAGCAUUACGGACCAAAGCUCUUUGCAGAGGAGCUGUGGGAGGCGGUGAAGUUGGUCCUGCCAGUUUACCUGUUCCUCGUGAUGUGCUGCUCUUUGCUUUGUUUGAUCUUGGUGUCACUGAUGAACCAUCUCAUCUCAGAGUCCCUGGGUGAGGAAAUCAUUGUGUAUGGCCAAUUCUACCUGCCUCUCAGCGUGGUCUAUUGGAUCAUGAAGAAGGUGGUUUUCGCGACCUACCCGGGGACCUACCGACUUGUCCGGAAGACCCCGACGUCUGGGUCCGGGCAUCGCUCCCACGAAACCAUGGAGAGAGCAAACAGUUACAGCAACGCUCGUGGAGAAUCGAAGAUGUCUAUGAGAGAAUCAUUGGGCCGAGGGCCGAGUCGCCGAGGGCCUCCCAGGCCUUUUUUUUUCGUGCGAUCGGGAAAGAACAGUGGAUCUCACAUGACUUCGGAGUUCGAAGGAGAACUGCAGUGCUGCCGGGCCGGGCCGUGA